GAAGGGGGCGCGGUUUCAGGGAGAGCAGCGAAGGGCGGGACGUGGGUGAAACGGCUGGUUGCCAUGGGUUCGCUUCCGGCGCUGCCAGGCGGAAGUGGCUGGAAUUCUGGUGCUGGUUUGUGUCUGGCGUCGUCGCUGUCGGGCAUGGUGGCUGAGACCGGAACAACUGGAAGAAGAUCCUUCAUGAAUAAUUUAAAUCCAGAACAAUUAUGUUUGUUUGUGUUUGCCUUUGAGAACUAUUCCACGGACGGAUUUAAGUCUGAGGACAAGAUCUGAGGAGUCAGCCAAGAUAUGAUAAUGGGACAUUGCGACUUGCGCACUCAACAGUACACAUACUGUAGAAUGGACAUCGUACUGUAGAACGGACAUCUAUGUUAUGAGAUGGAAAAUUCUUUAAGAACCUUAAAGACUUGAGGGAAAUUAUUUUGAGAUCAGAAAACCAAGUCAUAAACCUUGAGGUAGUGGCAAAGAUUACACGAGUACUUUUUCAUAUUUCUGGCAUAAGAAGAUCUAUCUAGGCAGCUAAAGAAGCACCACUCAUUUUGGGGUAUCUGCACUGAUUCUUCAAGAAGCAGCUUGGAAGGGGGAGGGGGUGUCAAGAGGCCCCCCUCCCCCAAGAGAGUGUUUUUUGACUCUCCAUCCUACAUCAAGGGAGCAAGGGAGCAAGGAUGUUUACCAGGUUGAUGGUGACAAUUUGAAGCUCAUCCGAGGGGUGGACAUCAGAGGACAGGGUGCGGCCUAUGCCUUUGAAGGAUGCUGAAGAAAAGUAACCUGAUUCUCUGGGGCCUGGUGCUUUUUGUGGCCUGGAACGCUGUGAUCCUCUUCUUCCUGUGGACUCGGCCACAGUCUUUAUCGGACCAUAGCCGCUUAACUGAAGAGGUGAUCCGACUGGCCCAGGAUGCUGAGGUAGAAUUGGAGCGCCAGAAGGAGCUUUUACAUCAGAUCUACCGCUAUAGUUCACUCUGGAACAUACGGAAAUCCAAAACUCUCCAUCUGUCAGCUGCAGUGUCGGUCCAGCCUUCCACAGCUGCGCUUUCACCCCAUCACAGUCAGAUAUCACCUGAUGCGGUUUUACCUGUGGUGGUGAUUGCCUGCGACCGCAGCACAGUCCGCCGUUGUCUAGAUAAACUGUUGCAUUACCGUCCCUCAAAGGAGCGAUUCCCCAUCAUUGUAAGCCAGGACUGUGGACAUGAGGAAACAGCUAGAGUCAUUGCCUCCUAUGGAGAUUCUAUCAUGCACAUCAAGCAGCCCAAUUUAAGUGAUAUCCCUGUGCCUACCGACCAUCGCAAGUUUCAGGGAUACUACAAAAUUGCUCGACACUAUCGCUGGGCUUUGAGCCAGCUUUUCCGGACCUUCAAAUACCAAGCAGCCAUUGUAGUGGAAGAUGACUUGGAAGUCGCCCCAGAUUUCUUCGAAUAUUUUCAAGCGAGUUUCCCACUUCUGCUGGCUGACCCGACUCUUUGGUGUAUCUCUGCCUGGAACGAUAAUGGCAAGGAACAGAUGGUAGACGUUGCCCAUCCCGAACUUCUCUACCGUACUGAUUUUUUCCCUGGUCUGGGCUGGCUUCUGCUCUCUGACUUGUGGGAUGAGCUGGAACCCAAGUGGCCCAAGGCUUUCUGGGACGACUGGAUGCGACAGCCUGAGCAGCGGCAGGGCCGUUCGUGCAUCAGGCCUGAAGUGUCACGCACAAUGACUUUUGGCCGUAAAGGCGUGAGCCACGGUCAGUUCUUUGACCAAUAUCUGAAGUUCAUCAAGCUCAAUGACCGUUUUGUGCCUUUCACCCAGAUGGACCUUUCUUACCUCAAGAAGAAUAACUAUGAACACUCAUUCUUGGCCCAAGUCUACGGUGCCCCUGAACUGCGUGUCGAAGAAUUACAGGGGAACCAGCGCCGGGAGUUAGGUACUGUCCGAGUGCAGUACACCACUCGUGAUUCUUUCAAGGCCUUUGCAAAAGCCUUGGGUGUUAUGGAUGACCUCAAAUCAGGAGUGCCCCGUGCUGGUUAUCAGGGCAUUGUGAGCUUCCUUUACCGAGGCCGCCGUGUUUUCUUGGCUCCUCCUCCUGACUGGACAGGCUACGACCCCAGCUGGAGUUAGCAGCUGAGGAUUUUUGAGCAUGUUGGAUCCCAUCGGGAAAAGGGUGCUUGGGUGGGGGUGGGGGCAAAACUCUGUGUUUUCUUCUCCUGUGUGGUAUUCAAGGUGCAUUCCAGGAACGAGGAUUGUUUUGUGCACUUAAUUUGGGGGAGGAGUUAAUGGCAGGAGGGACGGAUUACGGGGGUAUUCCAAAGCCCCAACAUCAUAGAUGAGAGGAGCAUUCUGGGUUCCCUGUUCUCUUCCCGAUGCCUGUCUUCCUUCUCGACGCUGCUGCCUGUCCACCGAUUAGAUCCUUGGUGGCCUGUCCAAAUGUGUGCAUUUUGAGGUCGAAAUGAGUGCUAAACCAAAGCAGUGACCCGCUGAAGCUUUCCCAGUUUCGUUGAGAUAACAGCAGGCCAGAGCAACUUGUGAUCUUUUGAGACAGAUGUAGCUCCUCAGUCAAGUAGUCUGUGUUUGGCCACAGACUUUUCAUACAUAUCUUUAAAUUCUAGCCAAGCAAAAUGGGGAGACUCGUUAAGCUCCCGAGAAACUACGAUUCAAAACUGGCACACUGCAUUCAACUUGUUAGGUCGCAGGUAAGCUAUAGGGAGAAAAUAAAAGUUGUUUUUUUUUUCUCUCAGCUCUUGGCUGCUGCUUCACGUCUCACCUGGGGCAUACUGUAAGGUUUGGAAAGCAGGAAGCUCUUUCAGGUGAUCAUUGAACCCCCCUCAAAAGGACCAUCUUUAUUGACCAUAUUGGCCAUUUUUAUGUUGAUCUCUUAGAUAUCCUAAUUCUUUAACCCUAUUGAAUGGGACAACAGAGAUACAAUGUGUGCACGACAACAAACUUAAGAUGAUUGUCACUCAGAUGAGAUGGAAAGGAAGGUCAGAGCCUCUUUUAUUUGCUUUUUUUAACUUGGGCAUGAGGAUAGAGUAGUCAGAGCGCAUGAACGUGGGCUGCUACCUUUUUUAUAGCUCCCUGCCGGGACCUGUUAACUUUAGCUCAAAUAAAGUUUUGGAUGGAGGUGGGCAUUUUCUUCUCAUCCUCUAACUUGCUUCUAUGAGAUACAUGAAGGUCUGGCUUUGCGGCCUUCUAGCCACUGCCUGCUGUCGAAUGAUCCUUUCUGUAAGCCCCAGUGGAAGAUGAUGGGCUGCAGGUGGGCCAUUAAGCUUGAAAACAGCUCUGGGAAAGGAAGGCCCAAGGCUAGCCCUUCAGGACGCAGGAGGGGACAUCCAGGCAUUUCAAUCUCCACUCUGAAAUGAUAGAGACUUUCAAUAUAUCUAUUGACUGUCUAUUCAAAGGAAGCCGACCGAUGUCUCGCUGUGGCUGCCAUGUUCUCUUCCCAGGUUCAUGAGGAGAACUUGCCCUAGGCUGCCUUAAUUUCCAUGGUGUAGGAAAUUCCAUCCAGAUCUACGGCAGAGUGUGCUGGUGGCUCGGUUGCAUUUUUUUUUUAAUUGCUGGGGUUUUGUUUUUUUUCCUGAAAGGCCAUAUUUGGAACUGGUCACUGCUACGUAUCUGGAUCACGGUGGGCGCUAAGUAGAGUGGAGGGAGGAGACUUCUUGAGGCAUUGGAGCAUCUCACGAAAGGACACCUCCAACCCAAGGAGUCCAGCCUUAUUCAGUGGGGCAGAGUCCGCCUUCCCCGUUCUUGCCUUUGGGAGUUGCCACCGAGCUGCUCCAGAUGGCCGUUUUAGGAGGCAGGCAGGAGGAAGCAACUUCACACCUCCUUUGGCCAAAAUUUAGACUACACCAAAGGGUAUAUUGCGUUAUUUGAAUGCUUGUUACUUUUUUUCCCCCUUUUUUUAAAAAACGUGCAUAAGACCAUCUCUGUGAUGAAUGGAGGAAGGGAGGUUGUGUUUUGGCAUUCCGCUUCAGUGAGGGGAGGUUUUUUUUCCCCCUUCGUAUAUCUGCUCUUCUAGUUGGUGCAGGGGGGGGGGGGUCGGGGAGGAGAUGGUGCCUUGGGGAGACUGCUUUGAAUGGCUGGAUGCAUCUGCUUACGUCCUGAGGUUUUUUCCUUUUGGAAAAAAAAGAAACUAAUGCUGCAGAGAAUGGGGCUCUCUUUAAAAAAUUUUUUUUAAAAAAAAUGACCUGCUGUGACCUGCGUCUGGAAUAUUGAUAAUUUGGACGUGUUUCUAGGUUGAUUUUUCACUUUUAAUUCUCUGCGAAGAGACUACUGCUUGACGCUUUUCUGGGUCAGGCUUCCAUUUGAAAAGAAAGCAAAGUAGGGCAGACCUGUGUAUAGAACAUGAGUGGGAAAGUCUCCAUGGGGAGAGCAAAGGUCUUUUGGCACGAUUUCACUCACCUGUAACAGUUUCCUGAAUAGACAUGCGGAAAUGAUCACUUUGAGCCCUCGGUUUACGAUGUGGUCCCCUUCAGAACCGUUGUACUCCAUUUUAUCUGGAUGGGGAGGGUGUAAUGGAAAAUUGGAUUAUUAUUUUUUGGGGGGCAGGUUAUUUUAAUCCCAAUUUUCAAGAUUUGCUGGAUCCUGGGUGAAAGAAUUGCCCUUUUUAAAACUAGAAACAGCAAGAGAGCUGUUCUUACCUUUAGUAUUAUGUUCUGGGACUCAGCCUUGAUGUCUCGGUUUGCAAGUAUAUUGCCAUCUCCUCUCAGUAGAAGGCAGCUAAUUGAACUUAUGGAGGAAGGGAAGGGAAAAUGGAAAUCUCUUUUAGGGUUCCCUCCUUUCACUUCUGUCCUCUGGUGCUCAGUCAGCCAAUCAAUCAGGGAAAUGAAAACAGGAGGACAGAGAUAAAUCCUUUUUUUUUUUUUUCCUGAAUCCUCAGUUCUGUGUAACUUAAUCCACACCAUCUGUAGCCCAAACUCUCUCCUUUGCCCUACUGUCCUUAUUAGUGUUUUGUCCUAGGUCACAGUGAAAUGAUCACGUUUCCCAAUCCAGUCUGUGAUUUGGGGGAAACAAUUGGAAGAUGCUCAGCGGAGAUCCCAGCAGAAAGGAAAACCCACCAGCAGCCACAAUUCUUCUCCCUUUCUGUCCUGAGCUGUUUUCUGUUCCUGAAAAUAUCUCUGCUGAAAAUUCUAGCUGAAAAAUAAGUUGUCGCUACAUCUGGAUGUUUGAAUCAAGGUUGUUUGACGGAGAGACGCUAAUUUUAUGUUCACAACUAAUUGGUGAGAAGAACUGAAAGAAGCAAAAAUUUAAAAAAAAAGUUAUUUUCCACAAUAAAAUAAAAGCCGUUCCUUUUCA